ACACAUUUUACGACACGCCGUAUUUUGUUCCGCUUGUCACUCCGCUAAUAACGAGUGCGCGCUAGCGUUUGCAAGUCACGGUUUCGUGUCCGUUUUGCUCUUUUUAAUAUUAUAAUUUAUAUCAGUGUAUGAACGCGUUGCACGUGGAAAAUCUGCUCAAAUGACGCUUUUUUUUCUUUAAAAAAAGGCGCAGGCGUUUGAACGCUAACUUAGCUCUAGCCUGCUUGCUCAUACUCGUACAGAGCCCGCCUCCUGCAUUGUGAUUGGCUGAUCCUGCACUGUGUGAUUGGCUAGCAGUAGCGUUCCGCUAAUCUGAUUGGCUGGAGCUCUCCUAGCCGUCGCUGUGUAGCGAGAGAGGAGGAUUUGUUAGCAUGACGAUUAGCACAAAGAGCUUGUCAAAAACAUUUUUGUUUUAUUGUUAUAAAUAAAUCUUUUUCUGAAGAAUUUGAAUUAAAGAAGUGAAGAAGACGCAUGUCUCAUUAGUCGCGAAUAUAUUUCACGAAUUAAAUGCUGAAAAUGAAGGCGAAUCAGAAAACGACUUCACGGACACGAGAGAGUCAGAUAUUCGUCAUGUAACCGAGCGCGAAGCUUCAAACCCGACCUCGUACCCCGUACCGCCGCCAUGCUGUCGACCCAUCAGGCGUCGUCCGGUUCCUGAUCUCUCUCUCUGCAAGGGGCUCGUCCAGCCCACUCAUGCCCGUGAUCCCCAUCCCGAGGCGGGCGCGCUCCUUCCACGGCCCCCACAGCAUGUGCAUGCACUCGGCCUGUGUCCCGGCGCGCAGCUCCCAGCUCCUGCGCACUAACUACAGCAACUUCGACCUGUACAUGAAGUCGCGCUGGACCUACGGCUUCAUCCGCUUCCUGCUCUAUUUCGGCUGCAGCCUGUUCACGUCGCUCCUGUGGGUGGCGCUCGCCACGUUGCUGUGCCUCGAGUACGUAUGCGUGCGAGUCGUCCUGCGCCUCCAGUACAAACUCUCGGUCAUCCUGCUGCUCCUGGGCCAUCGCAGGCUCGACUUAGGCGUCCUCAACGAGAUCUUCAUAUACAGCAUGCACAUCACCAUGUUCCUGGUAGGAGGACUCGGCUGGUGCUUCAUGGUCUUCGUGGAUAUGUAGACAGAGGGGAACAAUGCGGAAAGAGACGCGUACGUGACGUCCACCACGCACCCAGCGUAGUCUAUCAGCCAAGACGGGUGAAGAGGCCAGGAAGCUUCUAUCACGUGCAAAAUGCUUACGAUGUUUUUGAGCGAUAACGUUUCAGUGCCACGCAAAAAAAAACAAAACGAAGCUUACGAGAUUAAAGCAGCGACACGAAAAUAAAGUCGAAAUAUUCCGAGAAUAAAGGCGUAGAGUUUAAAGUGGUAAUAUUUUCAGAAAAGUCACAGAAUUUUGAGAAACGUUUCGCUUUGGAGGAUUUGGUUAAAUCCUACUUUAGGUUCUGAUUCAGCAAUAAGGGAAUCCUUUGUGUUUUAGCGCAUCAGCACGUGGUCAUAAUCAGUAAACAGACACUGCAGGAAAACACUUCCGUAGGAAACUUCAUUUAUUCCGAAGGAAAAAAAAAUCACCUCUUUUGUUCAGUCUGAAAUGGUGACCAGCGUUCGACUCCAACCAUAUCGAUGUUUACAUCUGCGUGAUAUUCGCAGAGGAGAUGAUGCUUCUCAAAGGACUAUGAGGAAGAUGAUCAAAGAAAUCGACCCUGAAUGAGAAUAUACUUUUUAAACAUUUCAAUAAAUAUCACAACUUUAUUCUCGUAUCGCUACGACUUUAAUCUUGUAAUCUUAGAUUUUUUUUUUACGUGGCAUUAAAACCCACUUGUAGUUCAGUCCUCACACACACACACACACACACACACACACGCACAUUCGUUCUUGCUGAUCAAAUACUUUUGGCGUAAAGUGGAAAGAUUGUGUAUUUUUCUUUUUAAUACCCAAAACUAAUAGUUAAGUGCCAACUGUUUACUGCAUGACAGAUGAUUUUGUGCUCCUGACUGAUUCUGUGAAGAACAAAAAAUAAAAAACUCACUCUUUCACACAUUA